AUGAAGCUUUCUCCGGAAUUAAGAAUUUCUAUUAGAGACAAAUCGAAAUCAGUGAUUAAAAACAUCCCUUCUUUUUCUUAUCCUAGAAAUUCACAAAAUGAAUGGUUGACACGCCUCUAUUCAAUUACUAAAAAUUUCCUACUAAAGAACAAAGAUCUCAUCCUUACACGCGCAGAUAAGGGGAAUGUUACGGUGGCACUUGGUAGAACGGACUAUAUAAACAAGGUUCAGCAAUUACUUGGAGACGAGAAUACUUAUACAAUAAUUAAGAAGGACCCUACAAAAAAACUGAUUUCUAGCUUGCGAGAGCUUGUAUUAUCGAGAUGGAAAAAUCAUGGCUAUAUCUCUAAUGCCAUUUACAAAUCUCUUCUGUUUACCGAUGUGACUUUACCUAGAGCCUAUGGUUUACCAAAAAUCCAUAACAAGACCAACAUUCCAUUCAGACUCAUCGUCUCAUCUAUUAAUAGCCCUCUCUAUUCCCUUGCAUUAUUUUUGCACAAGGUCAUGAUUAAGAACUUUCCUAUCGCUCCUAGUCACAUAAAUAACAGUUUCGAUCUAGUACAUAAAUUAGCUGAUAUUCACAUUGAUGACGAUUCUGUGUUAAUCUCACUAGAUGUGACUUCCCUGUUCACGAAUAUUCCGGUUGAUCUGGCUCUUUCCAGCGUCUCGAGCAGAUGGAGAUUUAUUCAGAACACAUGUUGUUUGCCUGAAUUUGAGUUUUUAAAUGCAGUUAGACUAGUAUUAAACUCCACUUUUUUUACUUUCAAUAACAUGUUUUAUAAACAAACUUUCGGCACUCCCAUGGGAUCUCCCAUAUCACCUAUCAUUGCUGACAUAGUUUUACAGGACUUGGAAGAGAAAGCCUUGAAUACAUUGAGAUUUACUCCACGAUUUUAUUUUAGAUAUGUUGACGACAUCUUAAUGACUGUUCCUACAGACUCAAUUGACUCGACUCUUUUCAUUUUUAAUUCCUUUCAUGACAGAUUACAAUUUACUUAUGAACUAGAGGUUGACAGAAUAAUCAACUUCUUGGACGUAACUAUAAUUGUCAAUAAUAACGUUCUAAUAUUUGACUGGUUUCACAAAUCCACAUUUUCGGGCAGAUAUCUGAAUUAUUUCUCUCAACAUCCACUUUGCCAAAAGAAGGGCACGAUAAUCGGUCUCGUGGACAGGGUUUUCUCUUUAUCACAUCCGACUUUUCAUUAUAAAAAUCUUGACCUUGUUGUAAGGAUCCUUCUGGACAAUGGAUAUCCUCUGAGCCUUGUUUUUCAAGUCAUGAACCAACGGCUAAGAUUUUUGAUUAAUGGUCGUGUUCACAAUGAUCAUAGUGCAUCAAACGAUUCCUCCACGUUUUUUACAGUUUCAUAUCUGCCGGGUGUCACUGAGCAAUUCAGAGGUGUUACAAACAACUUGAACGUAAAACUUGCCUAUACCAGCCUGAAUAAACUAAACAAGUUUAUUAAAGUUCAUAAAGACUAUGUUCCCACUAACUGUAGAACAAACGUAGUCUACAAAAUUAACUAUUCCGAUUGCGAUGCCUCAUAUGUCGGCCAAACAUCGAGAAUGUUAAAGACAAGAAUUUCAGAGCAUAGAUCACAUAUUAAUAAAAAUCUUGCUACUCGCUCUGUCAUUACUAAUCAUAGACUACAAGGAGAUCAUGAUUUUCGUUGGAAUGACGUUCAGGUUCUUGAUGAGACUUCUUUUUAUAAUAGAAGACUCAUCUCAGAAAUGCUUUUUAUAAAAAGACAGAAGAAUGGUUUAAAUUUGCAGACAGACACAGAAAGUUUACCGUCUUUGUAUCAUGACAUUAUAAACAAACUACCGAAAAUAUGA